AUGGGGCAGGAUAGGUGGAAGGUGGCCCCUGCCUUCACCUUCCUGCUCUUCAUUGUGUUUUUGCUGAGUGGCACAUCCUCUGCUCCAAGUGAGAGACGCAAGCUGCUGAAUUAUAAGAUCAACCAACGACACAUCUGUUUGGGGUGUGUGAUGAUGGUGUCUAUAAUAGAACAGCUGACCCAGGCCCACAAGAACUCUACAGUACAAGAAGCUCUGGAGAGACUCUGUAGCUACUUACCUGGGAAAUCUAACAUCAGAAAAAAAGUCCGUGGCUUGUCAAACAUAUGUUCACUUCCUCUAAUGAAGGAGCUGUGCGAGAAAAUAGAAAAUGUUAUAAAAAACAAGUUACCUUUUGAAGAUUUUGAUGGAGAUAAAUUUAGUACCUUUCCGACCUUGAGAGGAUAUCAUUGGCGAGGCAGGGACUGCGACGAUGGAAUGGCCUCCGUGUAUCCGGGGAGACGCCCUGAUAAUUGGGAUGCUCAGCAGGAUUCUAACUGUAAUGGCAUAUGGGGUAUUGACAGAAAAGAUGGCAUUCCAUAUGAACAAAAACUCUGUAAUGGUACAGAGUCCGAGGGAAUUGUCCUCUUGGGAGAUUCAGCUGGGGCCCACUUCCACAUCCCUCCUGAAUGGCUAACAGCAUCGCAGAUUUCAUGGAAAGUGUAUUCUGACCUUCCGGAAACUUUGGGCAAUGAGUUUGAUUGGCCCCAGUUUUCCCAGAUCACCGGAUUUCUGAACUCCACCAUUGGAGGAUGGACAGACUCCAUAUACCUGCGUUUACGCAAAAGAAACCGCUGCAACCAUAGAGAUUACCAGAAUAUUUCUCAAAAUGGUGCCUCUUCAAAAGGCCUUUGGAAUUUCAUUUCCGGGCUGGCUCGUAGUCAGAAGUUCGACAAGCCUGUGAUAGUUACCUACGCAAUGGUUGGAAAUGACGUCUGCAAUGGGAAGGCUGACACAGUGGCAGCGAUGACUACGCCUGAGCAACUGCAUCCCAACAUGUUAAAGAGUUUACGUUAUCUGAACAGUCUUCUUCCCAAAGGGAGCCAUGUGAUUUUAGUGGGCUUGGCUGAUGGUACCUUCUUAUGGGAUAACAUGCACGGCGGAUAUCAUCCCCUUGGCCAGUUAAACAAAGACAUCACAUACGAACAAGUUUAUUCGUUUCUCACUUGUCUUAAGGUCAAUCCUUGCAAUGGCUGGUUAUCGUCAAAUGACACGCUUCGGAACAUCGCCACGGAGAGGGCGCUGCGACUUUCCAGCAUCCUGAGAGGAAUAGCAGAAUCUGAGAAAUAUGCCAGUUUUGAUCUUUUCUACAUGGAUUACCCACUGAAAGAAAUUGCGGAGGAAUGGCGCAAGCAGGGAGGUGGAAACUGGCAGCUCAUAGAACCUGUUGAUGGGUUCCAUCAGAAUCCCAAACAUGCUCAGCUCAAGCUGCAGUGGGAGUGUGGAAUGUGA